AUGGCGGGCCCAGCGGCGUCGUUGAGGUUCACGGUGAGGAGGAAGGCGGCCGAGCUGGUGACGCCGGCCGGGCCGACGCCGAGAGAGUUGAAGCGUCUCUCGGACAUCGACGACCAGGACGGUCUGCGGUUCCACAUCCCCGUCAUCCAGUUCUACCGGCGCGACGCGUCCAUGGGCGGCAGGGACCCCGCGGCGGUGGUCCGGGACGCCGUGGCCAGGGCGCUCGUGCACUACUACCCGUUCGCCGGCCGGCUGAGGGAGCUUGAGGGUCGUAAGCUCGCCGUCGACUGCACCGGCGAGGGCGUGCUGUUCAUCGAGGCCGAUUCCGACGUGCGUCUGGAGCACUUCGGCGACGCCCUGCAGCCGCCCUUCCCGGGGCUCGAGGAGCUCAUCUUCGACGUCCCUGGCUCGUCCGAAGUCCUCGGCACCCCACUCCUCCUCUUCCAGGUGACACGCCUGGCGUGCGGAGGCUUCAUCCUGGCGGUGCGGCUGAUGCACACGAUGGCGGACGCGCAGGGGCUGGUGCAGUUCCUUUCCGCCGUGGCGGAGCUGGCGCGUGGCGCGGCGGCGCCGUCGGUGCGCCCGGUGUGGGACCGGGAGCUGCUGGAGGCGCGGAACCCGCCGCGCCCUGGCUUCGCGCACCGUGAGUACGACGAGGUGCCGGACACCAAGGGCACCAUCGUGCCGCUGGACGACAUGGCGCACCGCUCCUUCUUCUUCGGGGCCCGGGAGGUCGCCGCCAUCCGGUCCCACCUGGCGCCGGGCCUCCGGAAGCGCGCCACCACGUUCGAGGUCCUCACGGGGAGCCUGUGGAAGUGCCGCACCGUGGCGCUGGCCCCCGACGCCGACGAGGUGAUGCGGAUGAUCUGCAUCGUCAACGCCCGCGGCGGCAAGCAGGGCGGCGCGAGCGCCAUCCCGGCCGGCUACUACGGGAACGCGUUCGCCUUCCCGGUGGCCGUGUCGGCGUCCGGCGACCUGUGCGCGAACCCCCUGAGCUACGCCGUGAAGCUGGUGAAGGAGGCCAAGUCGGAGGUGGACGUGGAGUACAUGCGGUCGGUGGCGGACCUGAUGGUGCAGCGCGGGCGGCCGCACUUCACGGUGGUGCGCGCGUACCUGGCGUCGGACGUGACCAAGGCCGGGUUCGGCGACCUGGACUUCGGGUGGGGCAGGCCGGUGUACGGCGGGCCGGCGAAGGGCGGCGUGGGCGCCAUCCCCGGGGUGGCCAGCUUCCUGAUCCCGUUCAAGAACGGCAAGGGCGAGGACGGCAUCGUGAUCCCCAUGUGCCUGCCUGGCCCCGCCAUGGACAAGUUCGUGGAGGAGAUGGGCAAGCUGCUGCGCCCGGCCGUCGACGUCCCCGACAUGUUCCCCGCCAUGAUCAAAUCUGCGCUCUGA